AUGCUUCGAUUGGUGACAGCCUGCCCUGCAUCAUGCAUGGUGUGCACCAAAGACAUAACCCUGUGUCACCGGCUAACCUAUAUAGUAGCAGCCCCUGUGACCACAAGGGUUUUAAUCGUCACCGAUGGAUACCUCUCCUCUAUAGAAAGUACAAAUCUGUCCCUCUUGUUUAAUCUUGCCCUGCUGUCUUUGAGUAGAAAUGACAUUGAGGACAUUCAGGAAGAUGCCCUACAUGGCCUUGCAAAGUUGCAGACGUUAUUGCUGGGGCACAACCAAAUAUCCAGCUCUUCGCUCACGGACCUCACCUUUAGCAAACUACGCAGCCUGCAGGUGCUGGUGCUUAGCAAUAAUGCUCUCCGCACCCUGCAGGGCUCCUGGUUCCGAAACAACAGGGGCCUGACCCGGCUGCAACUGGAUGGGAAUCAGAUCGCUAACCUGACAGACAGUUCUUUUGGAGGCACAAAUCUCCAUAGCCUCAGGCAUCUGGAUUUGUCUAACAAUUUUAUUUCUUCCAUUGGGAAAGAUGCCUUCCGGCCCUUGCCUCAACUACAGGAAGUGGACCUUUCCCGAAACAGGUUGGCCCACAUGCCGGAUGUUUUCACUCCACUGAAGCAGUUAAUCCUUCUGAGCUUGGAUAAGAACCAGUGGAGCUGCACUUGUGAUCUCCAGCCCCUUGCCCGGUUUUUAAGAAACUAUAUUAACUCUUCUGCUCGCACUCUCAAGAAUGCCAAGGACCUAAAUUGUCAGCCGCCCACUACAGCUGUGGCCACUGCAAAGCGUAUACUCAGGCUGACGGAGACCAAUUGCAGUUCGAAGGCUCCCAACCUCACUCUGGUUCUAAAGGACAGAAGUCCCAUCCUCCCAGGGCAGGAUGUGGCCCUGCUGACUAUCCUUGGCUUUGCAGGAGCUGUUGGUCUCACUUGCCUAGGUUUAGUUAUAUUUAACCGGAAACUCCAACAAGGCAAAGCAAAUGAACACACAUCAGAAAACCUUUGUUGCAGAGCUUUCGAUGAAACCCUGGGUGCUCAAGAGGCAAGACAUUACCGUGCUAAGGGAUUCUGUAACUGCCACUUAACUCAGGAAAAUGCGAUAAAGGUCAUGUCCAUUGUGGGGUCCAGAAAUGAAAUGCCACUUUUACAGGAAAACAACCAUCAAGCAACACUGGCCCCCAAGUCUACAGCCCUUGAUGGAUCAUUUAGAAACCUGCAAGGAAAGGACCAUGGGGCAGACACCACUUUCUUUCACCUCGGUGGCAGAUGGCUGCAGUCAGGAUGUUCAGAGCCUCCUGAGAAUAUGGCAGCUUUUAAUGAACCAGGUGUACUUACAAGAUAUUGUCCAAAGAGUGUCAAAAAGCUAAGGAAUCUUAAGGCUGGGGAAGUUCCACCUCAAACCCUGCCACAGCAUGUAACAGGAACACUUGAUAUUGGCAGUGACACAUUUAGUAGAAGAUAUGCAACAUCCUCUUCAGCCCUGGCAGGAGAAAGUCUUGAAAAGCAUUUAACAAAUGAAUCAUGGCAGCCUCCAAUAGAAAAAGAAGACAAUGGCUUACAACCUCACGGGCAGAGACAUUUUAUUACAAGCUCAUCAUCUAAGCAUUGUGAGCCCGAGGAACACUAUGUACAAAAGAUCUUACAAAAACAUAGAUCAAAAUAUGACGAUCCUUGUGGACUGUUAAAUCAGAGCAAGCCUAGGUACUUUCUGCCAAACAAUUCUCUUAUCUGUAAAUAUGUGCCGUGUGAUCAUUUUCAAGAUUAUGUGAAAGAAAAGAAGCCAAAUCGUAGGGAACAUUCAAAGCUGGAGAAAGAACAAAUCCAAAUUAACACUGCAAUAGAAAAAUUCCUUAGGAGUGAAGACAACAUGGAGUUAUCAGGGUUAUCAAAAAAAGCCAAGCAAACAUAUUCCCCAAAGAGUGUUAGCUUCCAUGAUCCUGAUUUAGUAGAAAAAAAUAAGUUGGUGAUGUCACCCAAAACAGUGACCCAUUGGAAACAGCAGAAAAAUCAAAGUAACCAAUUGACCAACUUGGAUCUCAAAAUAUGUAGCAAAUCUCAGGAGAGAAACACAAGAGGAAAAUGGUUGACUAAUACCCAGAUUCUGAAAAAGAAGAGAAGCAAUCUAUCUGACCUCAAAAGGAAAAUUAAAGGACAAAAUUUAAGGAUAAAAUUAAAUGUACAUCCUUCAAGAAAAGUCAGAGUCCAUCCAGAAAAAUCCUUGCCAGAACCCCCAAAGAAAUGCAAGCAAGUAUUGUUACCGCCUAAGAAAUUAUCCAAAGCUUUUGAGAAAGAAGCUAAAAUAAACCUCAUGUCCUCUUCCGAUUUUUUCCAGCAGCCAGAGAGUCAUGACUACGUUAGAUUCACUUCAAAGAGGCUGCCUUUCAAACAUGUCCCAAAGCAGACCUCAUAUUACAAAAGCAACACUAAAAACACACCUCUGCUCAGAGCUAAUGACUUGUCUGUAGUCAGCCAGAGCUCUGUGGAUGACAACUGUCACCACACUGGUCACAGUCCUGGUGGAAGCCCAUCAGCUUUGCCUCUGCCCACACAUCACAGGCCCUCACACUCUGAAUCCUCAAGUGAGCAAAUGGAAGGUGCAACUUACGUCACAUUGGGAGAUCCUAGCUAUUUACUAACUACUUUGGGAAAUACAGGAAGUGAUGUUUUUCCAUCUGGCCAUUCCAGGGGGGCUACUAACCAAGGGGCAAUAGAGCCUAUUGAACACAUAAUGGGGCAGGACAAAUCAAAGACCACUGAGCAGGGUAAGACAAACCAGUUUUCUUUGUCCCCGACAAAUCAAACACAACUUCCAGGAGGCCAAGAGAAGGACACUUAGGACAUGGAAUGCACUUCAGAUCAAAAUCAAGCUUUACAACAGAAGGAGCAAAUAUCAAGUCCCAAGCAACUUGGAAAUGGAGAAAAAACAUUAAUAAUGAUACCCCCGAAAUCACAUCAAAUUGUAGAAGUUUGCACUGGGGAUAAAAAGGGAAAUGAUAUAGGAAAGAACCUUAACACAGAAACUUAUGAUUCCUUUCUCAUUCCCCAGACAGAAUCUAAGAGUAAACUAACAUUUAUGAAGACAAAUUCUAUUCCAUCCCAAAAUAGAAUAGAGCUUACCAAGGAUAUCAGUACUUCUUCUCUUAGUGCUCAAGCCAUUUGGCAUCUAACCAAUGGUAACGAAAAAGGAAUUGACAGUGCAAAUGCAUUGCCCAGAGAUGACGAUACUGAAGCACUAAAGAUAAAAAUAGUAGGGAAAGAAGAGAAAAAAAAUCUCGAUGAAAUCAAGACAGAUUCUAGUGUGUUAAUUCAGACCACACAAACGACCUUAACAGGCACUGCAAAAGAAAAGCAGCAGACUUGGGGAAACGGAACUAGUGAAAAACAUAUAUUGUAUGAUUCAAGCGCUGUCGAAGAGACUAUUACAGCUAAGGAUCCGUGUAUCACAAAUUCCCAUGAAACUGAAAAUAGGCCACCUCAUAGUGAAACAGAUCUUCAAAUUAACAAUAAUGUAUGUGAUUUGAGAGAAUUUCAAAAUAUUCAACCAGAUAAAGAUAACAAUGUACAUAAAGAAGGUGAAAUGGCAGCAGAGAAGCAUGAAGCACUUUCCCUCUUACCAGAGUUAAAAGAUAAUAGUUUUGAGGCAGAAAAUGAGGUGCCUUUCAUUCCUAGCAGAAUAAAUGAAGCUGAAAACUCUGCUCCAAAACCUGCACUGUAUCCACCAUCUGCUGAAUAUUCUAAUACAUCAUCUUUAGAGGCAGAACAAAGUGAACAAAAUAACUCAAAUAAUAAUCAUUUCCCACUUUAG